AGUAGCGGACGCAUGCGCAGUCGAUAAAGCACAUUCGAAUCGAACGCUAGCAGCGGUACCGCCAGAAACAAGAAAACGGCACUUCGAUUGCAAUUCCCAUUCAUAUCCAUUCAUACGGUUUUAGUUUGGUUUCAUUUUCGAUUUCGGCGUUUUUGAAAGCUCGGCGCUGGAAAGAAAGUGCUGUCUUUCUGUCUUAAAACCCCCGAUCCUUGGGCAGCUUUCGUUUUCAUUUUCAUUUUCGUUGCGAUCGAUUGCGAACCGGUUGGACUUCUGAUCGGUUACCCAGUUACUUAAUCCCAGCGUGCGGCGUUCAUGUAACCAUAAUCCUGGUCAGCAUGCGACGGGAGCGAGUGGUGCUGCUGUGUCUGGCGCUGCUCGGAUUGCAGCAGGUGUCCAGGGCCACUGUGCGUCAGUCGCGCGAAAUUAUCAUCACAGAUGCGGUGCGGCGCAUUCAGAACGACGGCUACAACGUGGAGCGCCACUCGGUGACGACAAAGGACGGAUAUGUGCUGACCCUACACCGCAUCCCGCAGGUGGAUCCCGUACUAGGCAGCCUUCUAAGGCGUCCUAUCGUCUUCCUGCUAUCCGGACUUUACGCCUCGUCGGAUGUAUGGCUUCUGAACGGACGCGAGGACUCACUGGCUUACCUCCUGUGGCGAGCCGGAUACGAUGUGUGGCUGGGCAAUAAUAGGGGCAACAUUUAUUGCCGGAAAAACAUGUGGCGGAACACCACGGAGCGCGAGUUCUGGGACUUUAGCUGGCACGAGAUGGGCGUCUACGACUUGCCCGCCCAGGUGGAUUAUGUGCUCCGGACAACCGGACAGAGAGCCAUGCACUUCGUGGGAAUCUCACAGGGUGGCACUGUCUUCCUAGUGCUCAACUCGAUGAUGCCGCAGUAUAAUGCCGUCUUUAAAAGUGCCACUCUUUUGGCCCCGGUGGCCUAUGUGAGCAACACAAAAAGUGGACUAGCCAAGGUCAUCGGUCCGGUGUUGGGCACUCGGAACUACGUCUCUAAGAUGCUCGAGGGUGUAGAGAUGUUCUCCACGAACAAGUUCUUUAAGAAGUUUCUCUCGAUGACAUGUCUGGAGAACGAGAAGCCGUUGGUGUGCAUCAGUCGGCUUUGGCCAGCCGUUGGCUACGACACAAGAUUCCUUAACAAGACUUUACUGCCCGACCUGAUGGCGAAUUUUCCGGCGGGCGGAUCAGUGAAGCAGCUGAUGCACUAUUUCCAGGGUUAUGUGUCCACUCGGUUCCGGCAAUACGACUACGGCCCGGAGCGAAACUGGCUGCACUACCAGCAGCUGGAGCCACCAGAGUACGCGCUCGAGAACGUAUCAACUCCAGUUACGGUCUUCUUCUCUGAGAACGACUACAUAGUGGCACCGGCAGACAUCUGGCGUUUGCUUACCCGGCUGCCCAACGUAGAAGCGGUGUACAAGGUACCCUGGAAACGUUGGAACCACUUCGACUUUAUCUGUGGAUUGGGUGUCAGGGAGUACAUCUUUGACAAUAUAGUCCUCUCCAUGAAUCGCUACGAACAGCGGCGACGUUAAAAAGAAAAAAGCGGUAGAGGAAUGCCAGGAUGCCGGCGGAAAAGAACACAGCCAGAACUAUCACGAGUGCCAAAAAUAAAUUGUAGAACUAUGAAACUGAGUCCACUGUUGAAUCUGCUAGAUCAACUCUGGAUAUAUGUACUGAUUAAUAAAUAAAUAAUUUAUAGAUAGCCUAAAACAAAAUACAAAAUAUAAAGUCGAUACAAGUUAGGGAUUAAAUUUAAAGAAGAGUACACAAGAAUAUCAAAUUUCAUUGAUUCAAAUUAAAUUUAGUCU